AUGCACUAUGGCCAAGGAUGUUGGGAUAUUCUCAAAUCUGCUCAGGAAGGUACAUCUAAGGUAAAAAGUGCAAGACUUCAACUUCUUACCUCAAAAUUUGAGAAUUUGAAAAUGAUGGAAGAUAAGAGCAUACAUGAUUAUCACUUGAAUAUUCUUGAUAUUCAUAAUACAUCUGAAUCUCUUGAAGAGAAAAUUUAUGAUGAAAAGCUUGUUAGAAAAAUUCUCAGAUCUCUACCUAAGAGAUUUGACAUGAAGGUUACUGCCAUUGAAGAAGCUCAGGACAUCUCAAGUCUGAAGGUUGAUGAACUUAUAGGAUCACUUCAAAACUUUGAAUUAAAUGUCAAUACCAAAACUGAUAAGAAAGGCAAAGGCAUUGUAGUUUUUCAAAUGUUGACGCUGAAGAAACACAAGGAAAUCAUGAGGAUGAUGAAAGCUUGUCGUCAUAAACAAUCUCAGCAAAGAUCAACUGAACUAAGGAGGAGUAAUCUCAAGAAGAAAUGGAUAUCCAAGUGUGAUAAUGUUGGGUUGAUAGCUCACACUUCUCAAAGAGUAUCAUCAAAAGAAGACUGGCACUUUGACAGUGGUUGCUCAAGACACAUGACUGGAGUUGACAAAUUUCUUGAAGAUGUGAAGCCUUAUGUUAGCAGUUAUGUUACUUUUGGUGAUGGAGGUACAGAAAAAAUUCUAGGUAUUGGUAAUUUGAUCAAAAAUGGAUUACCAAGACUUGACAAUGUGUUGUUAGUAAAAGGAUUAACUGCCAACCUGAUUAGCAUAAGUCAGCUGUGUGAUCAAGGAUUGAAAAUAAAUUUUAGCAAGCCUGAGUGUGAGAUUACUAAUGAAAAAGGAAAAGUGCAUAUGAGAGGGACAAGGUCUAAAGACAAUUGUUACCUAUGGGUACCUCAGGAAGAAGCUCAUUUUCCCACUUGUCUCAUGAGUAAAGAAGAGGUUAAAAUGUGGCGUCAAAAACAUGGCCAUUUGAACCUAAAAUGGAUGAAAAAGGCCAUUUCAGUAGAAGCAAUCAGAGGACUUCUUAAACUCAAAAUUGAUGAAGGUGACAUAUGUGGUGAAUGUCAUAUUGGUCAACAAACAAGGAUGUCUCAUCCAAAGUUGGAACAUCAGGUAACCUCCAAAGAGAGAAAGAUAGUGCCAUUAUGA